AUGGCCAAGACUGCAGCAGAAAGGCAGCGGAAGCGAAGAGAAAAACUGAAAAUGGAAAAUAAUCGAGUUGACUAUGAAGAGCAUAAACGUCGAGAUAGAGAGAGAAAGAAACUUGCUAAAUUAUUAAUGUUGCCAAAGGAGAAGGAAAAUUUACAAACACGAACGAGAGAAGCUGUUAGACAACAUAGGAUGAAUAACUCUCAAAUUAAAGUCGUUGAUUGGACAGUUGUUGGUGGAACGCCCUAUAAGUCACUGUCCUCUUUGGGUAAAGCUAAGUCCCGCGUGAUGAAAGCACUACCAAAGAGUCCACACAAACGAGCAUCUCUGGUGAAGUUAAUGGCCUGUGACAUUUUAGGAACAUAUAUAGCAGCACCGAAGAUCAGGACCAAUCAGGAAAUAGUAGAAGCCGUUAUUUCAUCUUACGAAAAUGAAAAUAUAUCUAGAAUGAUGCCUGGAAAAGCCGAUUUCAUAACACUGAAAGAUCAGUUGGGGAACAAAUAUACAAAGCAAAAACGACAUCUGGUCGCAACAAUUACAGAGACAUAUAAAUGUUUUACUGAAGAUAAUCCAUCUGCUGAUAUUGGUAAAUCCAAGUUUGCAUCUCUUCGUCCUCGAUGGGUUCUUCUGUCAUCGGAAAUGCCGCAUAAUGUCUGUGGUUGCAAAUAUCACAGAUAUGUGAUACUACUAUUAGAAGCACUGCAUCGGAGAUAUCCUGAUUUGAUUCCAUUAUAUUCUAAAGAAAAUUUUAUUGCUCAUUGCGUCUGCGAUAUUAACGACGAAGAUUGUAUGCGAAAUGGUUGCGAGAGGUGUAGUGACGGUAAGCUCUUCAAAGAAAUAUAUGGAAAUAAAGCUCCAGCAGAUAACGAAUUUUCUUGGUACCAAUUGGAAGAUACAAUUGGAUUCUUACAAAAGGUGAAACAAUCUGGCAAUUCAACUGAUGCAUUUGAAGAAUUAGCUAUGCAGCUUCCUAAGUUCAACUGGCAUCUUUUCAUUAAAGAAAAACAGUCAUCAUCGUACCAGCACAUGAAAAUAUCUUCUGAAGACACAUCUGAAGAAUGUCUCCUUCAAAUGGACUUCGCUGAAAACUUCACUUGUAUCUGGCAGGAUGAAAUUCAGUCAGCCCAUUGGAAGCAGCGUCAGGUGACGAUCUAUACCAUCAUGAUCACAUACAGAAACAAGAAGUUAUCGUUUGUGAUUAUUAGUGAUUUUCUAAGCCACGAGAAAACGGCUGUAGCAGCAUUCACAUCCACAAUUUUGGAUAUUAUCACCGACAAUUUCCCUACUGUUAGAACUGUAGAUGUUUGGACGGACGGAGGGACCGUCAAGCCAGAUCAACAUGCUGUUAGAAUAAGAUGGAACUAUUUUGCUACGAGUCACGGCAAGGGACUAAAAAAUGAUGGAAUAGGUGGUAAUGCUAAGCGUAUUGUUCAUCGACUGAUUAUGUCACGUUCUGCUGUCGUAUCAGAUUCUCAGUCAUUUGCUAAUGCUCUUCGUUCCAGUGGUACCUCAAUCAAUGUAGUAGAACUGACCGAAGAUGAUAUCAAAGAAAAAUGCAAAAUGUUUGAUGUUGAGACGUUAUGUUCUGGUUUACAAACAUUUCCUGGAAUUAUCUCUACACAUUGUGCUCAGUCAGUUGGGAAUGGAAUGGUUCAGCUCAAGUUUUUCACCACAGAUCCAUCCCCAAGGCAUGUUCCUGCCAAGUACACAAAGGAAGCAGUUGAAGUCAGUAGGAAAUCGGAUGAAAACUGGAAUUGCACACUUUGUAAGUGGAAAUAUGGUGAUAAAGCGGAUCCUAAAAUUUCUGAAGAAUGGAUUAUGUGCGCCUCCCGUCAAUCCUGGUUUCAUGAAUCAUGUGGGCAGCAGAAUGUAAAAAGUGUUUGCAAGAACAAGAGUGAACUUGUUAAAAUUGCUAUGACAUAA